AUGCCCAAAUACCCCCCUCGUCAGUCCAACUCAUCAAGUGGAGUUGAUGUUUCUGGGCUUAUUGGCGCUGGUUCAGCCAAGCUAAAGAAGAAAAUACGUGAUAUUGAAAGACUAUUGAGGAAACAAGAGCUACCAUCAGAUGUUCGUCUGGAGAAUGAAAGGGCACUUAACGCUUUGAAAAUGGACUUGGAGGACAAGAAGGUUGAUUUAAGAGCACAAAAAUAUGCUAAAAAGUAUCACAUGAUCCGGUUUUUUGAAAAGAAGAAGGCUUUAAGAAACUACAAGAGAGUCAAGAAUGAACUGGAAGCUGCGACCGAUAAAAAGGAAAUAAAAAAGUUAAAGAAAAAGCUGCAUCAUUGUGAAAUUGAUUUGGCUUAUGUAGUAAACUUUCCAAAGGCUGAAAAGUAUAUUAGUUUAUUUCCAAACCCUGUCGACCCGAAUGAAAAGCUGUCUGAAGAAACCAAGAAAGGGCUGCUGCACACAGAGCAGGAAAGGCUUGCGUACAAAAAGUUGAUCUCUGAAAUGGCAGAAGCCGGCACUCUACCUAAUACGUUGGAGGAUAUUUUAGCCGGAAGGCCUGCCGUCAACGUGACGACGUUAAGCAAAACUCAAAAUGAUGAAUCAAAUCCAGUUACAGAUGACGUUUCUCAUCAUAAAACGACAACACAAGCGAUCAACAAUCAAGGACAACAGGAAGAAGAAUUCUUUGAAUAG